AUGGCCGCGCACACAAACGGUACCAACGGCUACCAUGCCGAGAAAAAGCACAUCCUGCUCAACGCUUUUGAUAUGAGCACCGUUGGUCACCUGUCCCCAGGUCAAUGGAAGAAUCCCAACGAUCGGUCGGCUACCAAGAGGAAGUUGGACUACUGGAUUGACUUGGCCAAGCUGCUGGAAGAAGGCGACAUCAACGCGCUGUUUCUGGCAGAUACAUACGGAGGAUACGAUACGUACGAGGGAAGCUUGGACAACUGUAUCAGGAGAGCUGCGCAAUGGCCCAUGACAGACCCGACAAUUCCGAUUUCCGCAAUGGCGGCCGUUACUAAGAACCUAGCAUUUGGCAUCACCGCGUCGACCACGUUCGAGCCACCCUUCUUGCUCGCCAAACGAUUCUCGACCCUCGACCAUCUGACCAACGGCCGCAUAGGCUGGAACAUCGUCACGUCCUGGAAGAAGGCCGCAUUCAAAGCCAUCGGGCUCGACUCGCCCAUCGAGCACGACGAGCGCUACGUCCAGGCCGACGAAUACCUGCGCGUGCUCUACAAGCUCUGGGAGGGCUCCUGGAGCGACGACGCCAUCGUCGAGGACGCGGCAAACGACACGUACGCGCUCCCCGAGCGCAUCCGCGAGAUCCACCACCACGGCAAGUACUUCAAGCUCGACACGCGGCACAUCACCGACCCCUCGCCGCAGCGCACGCCCUUCCUCUUCCAAGCCGGCACCUCGCCCGCCGGCUCCCGCUUCGCCGCCACCCACGCCGAAGCCAUCUUCGUCUCCUCGCACAGCCCGGUCCCGCUCCGGCCCAAGAUCGACACCAUCCGCCGCCUCGCCGCCGCGCAGGGCCGCGACCCGCGCUCCAUCAAGGUCUUCGCGACGCUGUGCCCCAUCGUGGGCCGCACCGACGCCGAGGCGCAGGCGAAGCUCGCCGAGGCGCGCAAGUACGCGUCGACGGUCGGCGGGCUGGUCCUCUUCAGCGGCUGGACCGGCAUCGACGUGUCGGCGCUGCCGCUCGACGAGGACCUCACGCCCGCGCACUCCAAGGAGGCCAACAGCGUCAAGUCGAUCCUGGCGACGCUGACGGCCACGUCCGCCGACGUCCCCAAGGUCACGCCGCGCGUCGUCGCCGAGAAGGCAUCCAUCGGCGGGCUAGGCCCCGUCGCGGUGGGCAGCCCCGCGACCGUGGCCGACGAGAUGGAGCGCUGGGUGCGCGAGGCGGACGUCGACGGCUUCAAUUUGGCGCACGUGACGACGCCGGGGACGUUUGUCGAUGUCGUCGAGUUGCUCGUGCCGGAGCUGCGGAGGAGGGGGCUGUAUCCCGAGAAGGGCGAGAAGGACGGGCUGACGGCGAGGGAGAAGGUGUACGGGAGGGGCCAGGCGAGGCUGAGGCCGGACCAUGAGGGGAGCAGGUACAUGUAUGAUGUUUAUCAGGAGGAUCCGCCGUAUGUGGCGCCUGAGACUGCUGGCAAAGGAUCACAGGAAGGGGUAGGUGCGAAGCCGGGGAAGCCGGUUGCGUAUGAUUUGAGGAGACAGCAGGAGCUUGUUGGGUGA